AAAAAAAGAAGCCGUGACACAAGAGUUGAAAAAUUGACACCGUGGCUAGUUAAUCGGAUUUCCAAAUUCCAUUAUUCAUACACGCCCCCCCUCCCUUGUAGAAAUCCUCAACCCAGUCCCGUGGAUGAUGGAAACACGAUACUGGUAUCUCGGAGUCCAGGGUCUCGGGAUUCCCUUGCGGCAAUGGGAAGAGCGCCCUAUUAGGCUUACAUCCCAUGGCGGGAUUGUCCCAACUUCUUCUCAUUUGACAGGAUCCGAUGCUAUCCAGCCACUGGCAUGCAGGGCGUACAGCAUAUUUGUCAAUCGCACGCUGCAGGGUCCCCCAUGGAAGAUGAUACCGACACCACGGUUCAUGUGAUGGUGUCUGUGUGUGGAGAUUUUGAUUUGCACUCUGCCCUGCCGUUGAUCUGAGUCAAUAUGAGUCCAGAGCCGUAGUCUGCUUGAUUCGAAAACGAGAUGCUAGUGCUAGUGCCAGUAGUCGGCGACCGUUGGGCUAAGCUGACUCUUGUGAACCCCCGUUUAAGGCAUUCCGUGUUGAUGAGAGAGAUUUUUUUUCUUUUGUUCACUAAUACUAGUGGUAAUAGUGUCAAGAGAUGGUGUUGCAAAGG